AGUUGGAACGAGGUGGGUGGAAUGGAAUUUUUUGUUUAUUUUCGUGGCCAGUUAACCGUGUUGUUAUAAUAUUACCGUUAUUGAUUACAUUUUUUAUGAAGGACAAUAUAUAGGGGUACAAGAUUAGCUGGUGUUCUGUUAUAACAUUUCAUGAGGUAGCGGAUUUGGGCCACUGUAGAAGCUAGCGAGCUAGCGUGAUGUUGAGGGUUAGUUAGCUGUUAGCCUAUGUGCUAGCAAGCUAGCCUAAAUAUCAUUAUUGCGAGCUAACGUUAGUUUAACGCCAGAUAUCAUUUCAACAUUUCGAAACCCAGAGCCACUCGCUUUUUAUCUUGCACCACUGGAUGUAACACUACUGCACAGAGGACUGACUGUUGCUAAUGUUGGGCAGCACUGGAUCAACAGUACUUUCACCUUGACACAUCCACUGACAAAGGCAAAGAGAAAAAAAACCUUGAAAGCCUCCCCAAGGUUGAAACCUGAGGAGCAAGAUGUCAGUCACGAACACUCCCACAAGUAAUGAUGCCUGUCUGAGCAUUGUGCAUAGCCUGAUGUGUCACCGACAGGGAGGGGAGAGUGAAAGCUUUGCUAAACGAGCUAUUGAGAGUCUUGUCAAGAAGCUGAAGGAGAAGAAAGAUGAGCUGGAUUCCCUUAUAACAGCCAUCACUACAAAUGGAGCUCACCCAAGCAAGUGUGUAACCAUACAGAGAACUCUGGAUGGACGGCUACAGGUUGCAGGGCGCAAAGGUUUUCCCCAUGUUGUCUAUGCCCGGCUAUGGCGAUGGCCUGAUCUACACAAGAAUGAAUUGAAACACGUGAAAUAUUGUCAAUAUGCCUUUGACUUGAAAUGUGACAAUGUUUGUGUCAACCCAUACCACUACGAGAGAGUCGUCUCUCCAGGCAUUGACUUAUCAGUGUUGACCAUUUCAAGUUCAGUUCCACUCAUGGUAAAGGAUGAGUGCGACUAUGACAACCAGCAAUCUCACUCCAGCUCUGAAAGCCACCUGCAGACUAUCCAGCAUCCCCCAUCAAGACCUGUUCCACCAGAGGCCUUUAUGAGCCCCUCUCUACUCCCCCCAUCGGAGGGCAGCGGUUCAACUUCAACCUCUGCUUUCUCUACCAUCAGUGCUGGACCCUCAAAUCCUACUCCCAACUGGAACAGAAACAGCAGCUUCCCCCCUGCAGUGCCUCAACAUCAGAACGGGCAUCUACAGCAUCAUCCACCCAUGCCUCACACAGGACACUACUGGCCUGUUACCAAUGAGAUUGCAUUCCAGCCCCCAAUAUCCAAUCACCCUUCUCCAGAAUACUGGUGCUCCAUUGCGUACUUUGAGAUGGAUGUUCAAGUUGGGGAGACGUUUAAGGUACCCUCCACAUGUCCGAUAGUGACUGUGGAUGGCUACGUUGAUCCAUCAGGAGGGGACCGCUUUUGCUUGGGCCAGCUGAGCAAUGUCCAUAGGACAGAGAACAUAGAGAGAGCCAGGCUCCACAUUGGCAAAGGCGUGCAGCUGGAGUGCAAAGGGGAAGGAGACGUCUGGGUGCGCUGUUUGAGUGAUCAUGCAGUGUUUGUGCAAAGCUAUUACCUGGAUCGUGAGGCGGGACGUGCCCCUGGAGAUGCAGUCCACAAGAUCUACCCCAGCGCUUACAUCAAGGUGUUUGAUUUACGCCAGUGCCACCGGCAGAUGCAGCAGCAGGCAGCGACGGCUCAGGCAGCAGCUGCAGCCCAGGCAGCAGCAGUGGCCGGGAACAUUCCCGGGCCUGGCUCAGUGGGAGGCAUCGCCCCUGCCAUCAGUCUGUCUGCUGCUGCAGGCAUUGGGGUUGAUGACCUGCGCAGGCUGUGCAUCCUGCGGAUGAGCUUCGUGAAGGGCUGGGGGCCCGACUACCCACGGCAAAGCAUCAAAGAAACACCCUGCUGGAUUGAGAUCCAUUUACACCGAGCUCUACAGCUACUGGAUGAAGUUCUGCACACCAUGCCCAUAGCUGACCCUCAACCCCUUGACUGAGUUAAAAGGCAUGAACUGUACAAAAAGAGAAAACAAUCAGACUUAACUUUUUAACAGACCACUUCACCUAUAGGCAUGGAGUGCCUAAGGAGGACUGCAACCACAGUGAUGCUGAGUAGGUUGUAGGAGUAGGAACAAGGACAUAAAGGCCGGCAGUAUACUCCAAACACAUGGCUUUCGAAUCCAGUGCUAUGAGUAGUUGCAAGUCUACUGAGUGAGACUACAGGUCUGUAAGUGUCAGUGACUUCAACAAACAACAUCUGGAGGAACAUGCCAAGUACAAUGGGAGGAGAUGUAGUACUUUUGAAACAUGCUGAACAGAGGAUGAAAAAGGCAGCUUGUAUCCUGACAUUCAUCACCAAUUGGACCUUUAUAACGGCAUGACGUGAACAAGGCUGUGUAUCUCAAAUCUUAAGUUGAAACAAAAUACUUGAAGUAAUUAUGUGAAUUAAAGAAUGUUUCCACAGCGAGAUCAAAAGAUGCAAAAAGCCUUGCAAUUAUUUAAUUGUCUUUUGUACUGUACAAAAUAAAUUAAAACCGUAAAUGAAUGCAGGAUGUCAAACCCAAAAGGAUUCACACUAAGCUGUAUUUUUUUCAACUUGAAUAUUUAUAAUUUUAAGAUGUAUAGAGCCCUUCAUAAAACUAACAUACUAUUUGGAUUAAAACCAGUAAAGCUGAGCACAAUGUGAUUUAUUGGAUGAAAACAUGUAAUUUACCCUGUCUGAAUAUACUUAAUGUCAUUUCAGUUGGAGUAUACUGCUGAUCCAGUCCUCCUUCAAAGGCUCUCAUCUGCUUAUAUGGCUUCAUGUAAGUGGAGUUUUUCACCUCACAAAUCAGGGCAUUUAUGUAAAAUCAUGCUUUUCAUUUCUUAUGUUCUUGUAAGAUGUAAUCUUAAAUAUUUUUUCAGUGCUGACGGUCUUUGCUUGAUGUUUUUUGAUUUAUACUUCCCUUUUAAAUAGUUGUUUUUUACUGAUGUAGAGAGCAUUUUAAACAGCCUGCUUUAUCUAACCUCAGCUUCUCUUUCAACACAGUAAAGCUUCCAUUAUUCCGCCCCCAGUCAAAGCUGAUAUGACAUUGAAAAGGGAGGUUUUCUACUGAGGUUUUUUCAAAGAGAAGGUUAUUAUAACACAUAAUAUUUAUAAAUCUUUUUUCUAAAUUAGAUGCCCAACUAGUGUCUGUUAGCACUUUAUUAAUUUGCUUAGGUAUUUUGUCUUGUUUCAUAGUCUCAUGCAUGGUUACUUGUUGUACCCAUAUAAUUUCUUAGCGUAGUUGAAAAGUAUUUCUUGCUCAUGACCUUAAUGAGAUCAAUGAAAAAUAUGCUUCAAAUUAUCAGCCUAACAUCUGUAUUCAGUAUCAAAUACUCAACCACAGCAGGUUUGAAAGGUGUAUUUAGCUCGCUGUAGAUGAGUGUAGGCCAAACUGUAAACACGGCUAACUGUAAAACACCCAAGCUAGUAUUCAUCGUUUUUGAUGAUGUGAAAAACCAGACGGGUGUAGCGAUUGGCUUUUGUCCUGCUACCUAAUCAGAUCAGAUGUUGUACAUGAAAUAUUAAUGCAAAAUUACGCUUAUUGGAUCGGAGCAGUGGAAAUGAAAACAGUAGUUAAUAACUUACUCAUCAUGUUAUGUUUUAAACAAACUUGAUGUAACUCACCAGCAGGAUCAGUUGGGAACCUAGGGUCUAUAGGCUAUGCUUUUAUUAUUUUUGAUUUACAGAAAAUUAUUUUCAAAGGGAAGUCACUGCCAGAAGACUUAAAGGCCAGACAAAGACUGUGAUUUGUGUAAAUCAUUACUAUAAAAUCAUUAUUUAUUUGUAGCAUAUUUUGUCUUAAAGCUUUUUGGGCCAUAGAUAUCCAUAAAAACCUUAAUAUUGAGCUCUAUGUGUUGCUAGAAAGGUAGAAUGAUUGCUUCUUGGAAGUCCCACCAGUUAAACAAACAAAAAAGAAUUUAAUAUGAGGAUGCUAUAUGAUCAGGACAUAUUUCCUGCAUUUUGGACCAAUCACAUGACUGGGUUUAACAACCAGCCACUUUUCAAACCUACUGUUGGUGAGUCUUUGAUACUGAAAAGAUGCAUUUUAGGUGGAACAUCAAUUCAAGACGGCUCACUGCCACCCAUUUUAAUUGGACUAUUACUUGGAUGACACUUACUGUAAGGUAUUCUUGACAUCAGCAGAGUAAAGGAGGCAAGGAACAAACUGUGAGAGGAAGUGUAAGCCAUAUUGAUGCCAAAUAUACAUUUAUAAAAACUGAAAAGAUAUCGGCCUGCAGCCAUUUCAGUGUUGCUUGCAAAAGCUUGAUUUUAAUUAUGCACUGAAUGAUUUUUUAAAAAAAAGUUUUGCUCCGCACAGUUCAUCAAACAGUAUUUUGGUAUUUUGAGCUCCGUUUACCUACAGCUGUUGCAGUAUUUUGUACUCUUUAGCUACCUUUCCAGUGAUGAACCACAAAAAAACUAUGAUGCUAUACAGUUUUCAGAAAAUGCAAGUUCAGCUCUUAUUAAUCUUUGUGUCAUACAUUCUGAAUAUGUACUGAGUUUGGAUGAUAUUGGUGUUUAUAUGUACGAGUAUGGUUGAAUAAAAUUCAAUGGGCUUACA